UGAGUCACAUGCUAAAACGAGUUGGACUCCUAUCUAUCUCCGUUACCAAACAUCAUCUAAUUGGAAUUUUUAUCAUUUAUUUGACAUCAAAUCUACCUUGGCCACCGAUUAAACCCUCUUUCUUCUCCUCGUUAUUUUCCGAUACAACAAAGAUGCAGGCCAGUGAUAGGUUUAACAUAAACUCCCAGCUCGAGCAUCUGCAGGCCAAAUACGUUGGCACUGGCCACGCUGAUUUGAACAGAUUUGAAUGGGCGGUGAAUAUCCAGCGUGAUAGCUAUGCGUCUUAUGUUGGGCAUUACCCCAUUUUGGCUUACUUUGCCAUUGCGGAGAAUGAAUCCAUUGGAAGAGAACGCUACAACUUUAUGCAGAAAAUGCUGCUGCCUUGCGGUCUGCCCCCUGAAAGAGAAGAUGAUUGAAACAUGCUUUUAAGAAGGUUUUGGGUUUAUGUGUAGGGCUCCCAGUUGUAAUAUCUCUAUGUAUGUUGGGGUUCUUGUGACAAUGAAGAACACUUGUUGGUGAAGCAACUGCUGAGUCUUGGAAUUGUAUUACUUAUAUGUAGUUUAUUCGUAUAUUUUUGAUGUUCUACUUCUACAUUUUCUUUUACGUCCUGAACUUGAUGUUUUUCACUUCAGUUGAGUAUGGUCUAAUAUAUUACUUUCUCUCUCUGUGUAUUU